AUGGAUUUGUCCUCCACCUUCGAACAGGCGGUGCUUCGCUCCACGCUGGCGCAGCACCAGGUGGUCGAAGCUGAGGCAGAGCGCCAAGCGAUUCUCAAGAGGAUACACAAACUGCUGAACAAAACGAUAGCUCUGGAAGCCAUGACGAAGGAUGAUCUCAUCCUGGAGUUGAAGAGCUUCAACGCCAGCGGCGUGCAGAGCCAGACCGCCUCCGCCGCGGACAUGGCGGCGGAGGCCGCGAAGCUGGCGCAGGACUUGUCCGGCUGCGAAGCGCGCAUUGUGGACGCCUUGGAACGAAGGGAUGCGGCCAUGACGCAGCAGGCGGAGGCGGUGAAGCAGAUCCAGAAGAAUCUUCGAAGUUCCAUCAUGGUGGAGAUGAACGACACCAGGUUGGUUCAGAUCUUGGAUGCUUCCGACCGAAGCCAGAUGGUGCCGGUGCCGACCACCACGACGACGAACACAGUGCUGCAAGACAUUUUGGACCGUUUGGAAGUGACGGUGAAUGUCAAGAAUGAGGGUGAGGCAACCAAAGAUACCAAAGAGACAGCGGCUGAGGGUGAGGUGUUGUACCCCACCGACUGGGCAGUCAUUGGCGCCUUGGUGCUGGUCAUUGUCUUCGUCACGGCCGUGGUUUGUUAUUCUCGCACUCAAGAGAGGUGAGACGCCGGUAGAAUGGUAGCAUGCAGCAGAAAAAGGAAAAAAAACACCAGGUAGUAGGGGGGUAUGGAUCAAGAUGUAAAGAACAUAGUACUGAUUUCACCUCCCAGCAUAGUUACCUGGGCAGAUUUCGUAGAGUGAAAGGCAGGGUUUGACCCUGGCCUCUUCGUUGGUCGAGAGCCUUUGUAAAAGCCAGUUGCAUCGAACAGCCAGCGAUGCUAAAAAAUUGUGCUCCCAGUUUUAGAGCGGCCGUAUAGAGCCUCAGAGCUGUGUGAGAAGUGAGCAAGGCGACGGCGUUGGAAAACAGGAUGGAGG